AUGAGUGACAACAAUUAUAUCCGUCUUCAACGUGCAAACCCUCGACUACUGAUUCCAGAUUUAGAAGAUUCAGAAGAUUCAAAAACAUUAGGUCCUAUUAUUGGUUAUGCUCAAGAGCCACUUCUUUCACUCGCUAAAGCAUGUGAACCGUUGGUUUCAGUUGUCGAUCAUAUAUCCGGCUGUAUUACAGAAGCUCUGGCCAAUACUCCGGAUGAUCCAGCCGAUGGACUAACUCGCGAUGAAUCGGCUUCGAUUCGCCUCUACACGAUGGAAUGGACUGGCGAAUCCAGAAGUCUCUAUUCCAUUCUUAACCAUACUCUCAAUACAGCUGAUCGCGAAAGUUUACGACCAUGGUUUAAAUACCUCAAACUUUUUCUUACUGCCUUAGCCAGAAUCCCAUGUGAGCCUCCGACGAUCGUCUGGCGUGGAGUGCGAAAAAACAUUAGUGACGAAUAUCCACUUGGACGUGAACUAGUGAGAAUAAUAGAGUCAUCACCAAAAGGAACAGAGAAACAACGAGAACGUAAAGAAGCUACAGGACAAACAUCAACAUUAUCAGAUUCAAUUCAAAUUUCGUAA